AUGUCAAAAAGAAGAUAUUGUGCUUUAUGUGAUAAGGAAGAUUCAUUAGCAAAAUCGAAUUAUGUCCUCGUUUCCAGUAUUGAUGUUGAAAAAAAAUUAAAAGAAUCAUAUGAAUCCUUAAAUGAUAAACCAUUACGACAACCCUUAUUAUACAGAAAUGUUCACAGGUCCUGCUAUACAAAAUAUUAUCAUCGCUCAUGGAAAUCGAGUAAUUCUGUUGAAAGGACAUUGUUAAAGAAUAUAAAUACACGAAUGCCAUUAUCAAAUCUUACUAACCAUUUGCCAUCGCGAUCUACAUUGUCAAGAACAUCAAAUAGCUCAUCUAUUAAACAAUCACAUUCCACUGAAGCAGACAAACAGCAGCUAUCCUCGUCACCUGUUCAGCAAGUUGCAUUACGCUCAUCGUCUCAACUUUUUCAAACAGCUUUAUUAGAUCAACAAAUUCAAACGUCAUUAUCGUCAUCGGAGACAAAUGUAACUACUCAGCUGUUUACAGUGGACAACGAUUUUGAUUUAUUUUCAAAUUAUUUUGAAGAACAAAAUGUCAAUUCGAUAUUACUUCGUGGUAAAGAAACAAGGAAAGAAAUUCCGCCGUUAAAUGUAUCAGAAUUAACAAGUUAUUCAGAUAAAGAAUCAUCUAUGGAAAUGGGACAAAGAAUACCCAUGUCAUCACUCAUGGAUAAAGAAGAUAGUAAUGAUUGUGGAACAACGGCAACAAAUGUCUAUGAUAGAGCACAAGCACCGUUUUCAUCAUCAGAAAAAACAAGAAAAAACAUUGAAGAAAGAAAGACUAUUGUGGGAAGUAGAAGAAAAUUAGAUUAUGGACAAGAUGAAAUAUUGUUAUCACCAUCAACACCAAUCGACACUAUGAAUAGUGAAAAAAUGUUAUUUACUCGACUGAGUAGCUAUCACAUAUUUAAACGUUCAUCAAUUUCAACCGGAAACAGCGCGAGAUCACAACGAAAAUCAGCAAGUCUCGAAUCAUGUGCAACUACUUGUCGUCGUUCUCAACGUCGUAUUCAUCAACCAGCAUUGAUCGACAACAGUGAUUCGUAUCCAAUGGACGACCAACAAAAAUCAUCAUUAUAUUCGAAUGCUUUUGACGAAUUGUGUGGGUGGUUGGAGGACAGAAUACAAACAGAUGUAUUAAUACCGCUUACGACGAUGCAAAACAAGUACCACCAUUUAUUACAACAGCGAAAUGAGCAAUUAACCGAAGCAAUCGUUCGUACAAGUGCCAUUCGUGGCCGAUUAGAGUCAAAAUACGGCGAUCGAUUAUUUUUCACACAACUAAGCAAACGUCAAGGCACACAUGUAUGCGUGAACGAUAUCGCAACUUUAAGUCGAUUAUCAUUGAUAAAGUCCAGUGAAGAUAAUUAUAUUCACAAUCAACAUCAUCGAGUUGAACAACAAGAGCAACAAGUUAAAAAUGCACAAUUUAAUUUUUAUCGUCACACUCGAUCGUCACAAUUGCUGAAUGUUAUUAAUCGUUUCGGCCAUUCGGCAUCGUACAAAACAAUCGUCCGUCUGAAUCAGCGUGUUGCUGAAGCCGUAGGAAAAUCCUCAUCGUCGUCACAAUUACCACCAAGUGCUCAACGACAACAAAAUUUCAUCGUGGUGGUCGUGGACAAUUUUGACCAGAACAAGGAGAGUUUGCACGGUGAAAACAGCAUUCACAUAGCCAACCGAAUUAUGGUACAAACAUCUGAGAACAACGAAUUAUUAUCCGAUGUUGGCGACUGUAUCAAUCAAUUGUGUACCGACGUUUUGAUGUUAAACACAAACAACACGAUAAUAUCGAUACCGACUGCCCCUCCGUCAACAGCAACAUUCAGAUAUAGCCAGUCGUAUCAACCGUACGUCGAUCAAUCGUACACAUCUGUAUUAUUGGCGUAUGGAAUUACAAAACUGGCAUAUGAUAACAAAAACAACUUAAACAAACUUAUUGAUCUGUCAGAACAAUAUUGUUUGCCAUUACUGUCCGGUUAUUGUGCACGGUAUCUACAACAUACAAAACGACCAAUACAUUCCGUAUCGUUUUGUACACCAAUAAAUAAUGAUCCAAGUUCCUUGGAAACAGCCGAAAUGUGUUUGACAUCUACCAAAUUAUCGUUACUGGACUCGAAAUUUCAAAAAGAAGUAGUGUUGGUGGCUGACGAGAAAAUUUAUCGUAUGUGUAUAAAGGCAAAGCGACAAAAUCCACUGGAAUUUCAAAAUAUCAUGAUUUAUGCCGGCGAUUUUCAUGUUAUGAAGAACUAUAUGGUAGUUGUAUGGGAUGUAUUGAAUGGCUCCGGUGUGGAUGAUGUAUUAGGCGCAAUAUUCAAAGGAGCGACAUUAAGAUCCAUCCUGACUGUCCACCAUUUCAAUAAGUCGUUACGGUGUUGUAAAUUACUUUACACAGCCUUAUCCAUGUUAUUCAUGGAAUCGUUUUUCAACACUUCUUCAUCGGGAGUAUCCAUUACUGAUGCAUUGAGAACAACAUUAGAACAGGCUCCAUCAGAAUACGUUGUCGAUAAAACCCAUAAACAAUGGUUCAAACAGUUAUUAAAUGAUAUUGAACAACAACAAUUAUCAACAGUCGUCGCUGAUUGGGCCCAAGAAAAAAUUAAACAAAAUACAACAUUUCAAUUUUGGUAUUUUGUUCUGAAAAAGUUAUUGGAACCAUUAAUGACAUUUUAUAUGUCAGUUAGAAUUGGAAAUUUCGAAGGUGGUAUAUCUGGACGAUUCAAUUCUCAUUUAAUUGAAAUAUGGGUGCAAUCGUACGCGUUCCGUUCCUUGUUAUCAUCUAUUACCCACGAAAUCGCUGGACUAGAAACAACUACUAACACAAUCGAUUCGCACGUCGAGUGUUCACCCAAUCGUUUAUUUAAUGACAACAACGAUUUAUCGACGAUCAUCGAUAAAUUAAAAGGUGAAAAAAUAUUUUCCACCGAUAAUGAGCGCUGUCGAAAAUUGCUGUCGGGAAAAAUAAUACACGACGACAUUAUCAAUCAUAUAUGUUCAUCCUUUGAUCGUGGUUCAGCGGCGAUGAAAACAUUUAUACAAGAACGUUGCAUCGAUCGUACCAUCGAACCGGAUGCACGACUGCCAGCAAUGGUACGAUUAAAACUAGUUGAUACAGAUACAUAUUUACCGCAUAACACACAACAAUCGUUGAAAAAGAAAAAAAACAACAAUAAUAAAAUGAGUAAAUUCUUGAAAAUGGCUGAUGAACAAAUCAAGAAAAGUAUUAUUUUGAAUGAGUUUAGAGUAAGUUACUCUUCUUGGAUAAUUAAGGUUAAGGAAAUUCAAAAGAGGAGCACGUUUUAUUUUUCGAUAUUUAUACAUAGCUGGAUAGAGCUCGACGAGCUGAAUCCGAAUAUGUGUAUUUUAACUUUUCGAAUCAAAUUUUAAUGUCGA